GCACAAGGAACUGUGUUAAGGGGUCGCAGCAUUAGGAAGGCUGAGAAUCAUUGCUCCAGGGGCUCAUAGAUCCCAGGAGAUGUAUGAAACUUACAAACACUAACACUAGUUGUCUAUUUUUAUCAGAUAGCUGGUGCGAGCACUGGUGCUGUGAAGCCUUCUUGCUGUGUUAAAUCCUCAGAGAACCACUGUGUGCACAGAGUUUCAGCAGGGUGGUGCUAGCCAGGCUGACUGCUGCUAGCCAGGCUGACUGCUGCUCAGUGUCUGUUUUUACAGGAGCUUCAGUCUGCAGAAAUGAAACGCUCACUGCACACUUUUCCUCCUCUUCUCAUUGUGUUCAUGUGUAUUGGGAGCAAAGGCCUUGCUGAGCAGCUAACUAAUGAAAACCUGACCACGGCCUUCCUGCCUGCUAACUUCCACAAAGAAAACACAGUCACCAAUGACUGGAUUCCAGAGGGGGAGGAGGAUGAGGACUACCUGGACCUGGAGAAGCUGCUAGGUGAAGAUGAUGACUACAUUUAUAUCAUCGAUGCAGUUUCCCCGACAGACUCAGAAUCAAGUGCUGGCAACAUCCUGCAGCUUUUCCAAGGCAAGAGCCGGAUCCAGCGUCUUAAUAUCCUCAAUGCAAAGUUUGCCUUCAACCUUUACCGAGUCCUGAAGGACCAGGCUACCACUUCUGCUAACAUCUUCCUAGCACCUGUUGGCAUUUCUACUGCCAUGGGGAUGAUCUCCCUAGGUCUGAGGGGAGAGGCCCAUGAGGAAGUACACUCAGUUCUACACUUCAGAGACUUUGUCAAUGCUAGCAGCAAGUAUGAGGUUACCACCAUUCACAAUCUCUUUCGAAAGCUGACCCAUCGCCUAUUCAGGAGAAAUUUUGGGUACACACUUCAGUCAGUUAAUGAUCUUUAUAUUCAGAAGCAGUUUCCCAUACAGGAGGAUUUCAAAGCUGCCGUGAGGGAGUUUUACUUUGCUGAGGCCCAGGAGGCUGACUUCUCAGAUCCUGCCUUCCUAUCAAAGGCAAACAACCACAUUCUGAAGCUCACCAAGGGCCAUAUAAAAGAAGCCCUGGAGAAUAUAGAUUCUGCUACUCAGAUGAUGAUUCUGAACUGCAUCUACUUCAAAGGAACUUGGGUGAAUAAAUUCCCAGUAGAAAUGACACACAACCACAACUUCCGGCUGAAUGAGAGAGAAGUAGUCAAAGUCUCCAUGAUGCAAACUAAAGGGAAUUUCCUUGCGGCAAGUGACCAGGAGCUAGACUGUGACAUUCUCCAGCUAGAGUAUGUAGGGGGCAUCAGCAUGCUGGUUGUAAUUCCACGGAAGCUGUCUGGAAUGAAGACUCUUGAAGCGCAGCUUACACCCCAGGUGGUAGAGCGAUGGCAGAAAAGCAUGACAAACAGAACUCGAGAAGUACUUCUGCCAAAGUUUAAGCUUGAGAAGAAUUACAACCUGGUGGAGGUCCUGAAGUCCAUGGGAAUCACAAAGCUCUUCGACAAGAAUGGCAAUCUGUCAGGCAUCUCAGAGCAGAGGCUCGCCGUGGACCUGUUCAAGCACCAAAGUACCAUCACAGUGAAUGAAGAGGGUACCCAAGCUGCAGCUGUAACCACAGUGGGGUUCAUGCCGCUGUCUACUCAAGUCCGAUUCACUGUGGACCGUCCCUUCCUGUUCCUAGUGUAUGAGCACCGAACCAGCUGUCUGCUCUUCAUGGGAAAAGUGGCCAACCCUGCCAAGUCUUAAUGGGGACACUCUGUAAUUCUGUUUUCAUUCUAACAAAGAGGACAGAGCUAUUUUGAGAUGAUAAUCUAUGUGGUUUAUGAUAAUAAUCUGAACAGUAAACACUGACUCGCAAUGUUAAUGCAGCUAA